AUGGCUGUUGGGGGCGAAUCAUGCGAGCCAUCCCGGGGGCUUCAGCGUUCAGAUGGAGAGACCGACCGGGGCAAGCAACCCGAAUCUUCACCUCCACCCCCGUAUGAACAAGGUGAAUGGGUACUACCAAAGCCCAAACCCUCUUCUGUCCCUGCGACCCCUCCUGUCCAGGUCACGCCCCCUACUCCCCGCUCCCGCAAAUCCCGCCACAUUGCUGCCACAUCGUACAUGCCUAUUCCUCCGGAAUUCAGUUUCAGUGCACCCGAUGCUGACCCGGAGCUAGACACAGACAAAGGCGAAGACGACCAGAUGUCUUGGAUUGGCGACAAGCUCACGUCGCUGAUCGCAGAAGGCCAGCGCGCUCUAGGCAAAGAGGUCGUGGUCAUGAGCGAGGCACCGGAAGAUGAGGAAGACAACGGCAUGGACGACUGGGUCGAGGAGGAUGGCGGUCGUGCACAGUCCUCGCAUGGCGGCCUGCCGCCCUACUCAUCGCGGCACGGCUUGCCCCUUCUCAGCGCGUCUCCACGACGCGAUCGCUUUGACCUCAGCUCGUCCCAUGCAACCUCAUAUGCACAGUCAAUUCCUGGCUUUCCCCACCGUCGCGGCCGCGAGGUGUCCGUCGAGUCCGAUCGUUUCGCAAGCACGUCCUUCCAAGAGGACGAGUCGGCGUGGCAGACGCCCGAGCUAUGGGAGGCGAUGGAACGUGUACGCCAGCGGUACCGGCGUGAGCACGCGUGA